AUGUCUGAGUUGCACCUACAAAUAUUAAAACUUGUGGAUGAUAACAAUGGAGUUAUUGAAAACACUCUUAAAUCACCCGAGUUAUCGAAAAUAGAUGUCAAUACUUUACAAGCCAAUUUAACAUCUCUUUGGGCUAAAGAAAUGAUUGUUUUUUCAAAAAUUGAAACUGACAAAUGGAUCUUAACCAAAGAAGCAGAACAAUAUCUUAAAGCUGGUGCUACACCAGAAGUUAAAGUUGUUGAUGAAGUCUUGAAAGCCUUGGAAGGAUUGACAAUUUCUCAAUUAAAAGAAAAAUUAGGUCCCAUGGGAGCUGUUGGUCAAGGUAAGGCAUUCAAAAACAAAUGGUUGAGUAAAGAUGGUGAUAAAUUGAUUGCUCAAGUUGAUAAAUUACCUGAAGAUGUUGUAUUAAAUGAAUUAAAAACUAUUAGUGAAACUGGUACUCUUAAUGACAAAAAAGAAUUGACUGAAUUGAAAAAAAGAAAAUUAAUCACUUUGACGAAAAUCGUUGGUUACAAAAUCGAAAAAGGUCCAAAAUUUGCUCUUGAGAUUGUGAAUUUGGAAACUGAUAUUACCUCUGAUAUGGUGUUGAAUCAUACUUGGAAAGAUGCUCAAUUCAAACCAUAUAAUUUCAAUUCUGAAGGGGUUUAUCCAAAUUCUGGUGCUUUACAUCCAUUAAACAAAGUUAGAGAAGAAUUUAGACAAAUUUUUUUCUCAAUGGGAUUCACUGAAAUGCCAUCAAAUCAAUAUGUUGAAACUGGAUUUUGGAAUUUUGAUACUUUAUUCGUUCCUCAACAACAUCCUGCUAGAGAUUUACAAGAUACCUUCUAUUUAAAAGAUCCAAAGAAAGCUGGUGAACCAGAAGAUAAACAAUAUUGGGAAAACAUUAAACAAGUGCACCAAGAAGGUAAAUAUGGAUCUAUUGGUUACAGAUACCCUUGGAAAGCUGAAGAAUCAUUAAGAAUGGUUUUGAGAACCCAUACAACCGCCAUUUCUGCUGCCAUGUUACAUAAAUUAGCUCAAGAUCCAAAACCUACAAGAUUAUUUUCCAUUGAUAGAGUUUUCAGAAAUGAAGCUGUUGAUGCCACCCAUUUGGCGGAAUUCCAUCAAGUUGAAGGGGUUCUUGCUGGAUAUGAUAUCACUUUGGGCGAUUUGAUUGGAUUCAUGGAAGAUUUCUUUGGUAAAAUGGGGGUUGAUAACUUGAGAUUUAAAGCAGCUUAUAAUCCAUACACGGAACCAUCAUUGGAAAUCUUUGCUUAUCACAAGGGGUUGAAGAAAUGGGUUGAAAUUGGUAAUUCUGGUAUGUUCAGACCAGAAAUGUUAGAAUCCAUGGGAUUACCUAAAAACUUGAGAGUAUUAGGUUGGGGUCUUUCUUUGGAAAGACCAACUAUGAUCAAGUACGGUGUUUCUAAUAUUAGAGAAUUAUUAGGUCAUAAAGUUUCAUUAGAUUUCAUUGAAUCGAAUCCUGCAGCUAGAUUAGACGAACUUUUGUAA